CUCGCGCUUGUAUCAGCUUCACUAUAACAGUUCAGGUUGUGGCGGCAUUGCCUGAAGUCCUUCAAACAUUGGGAUUGUUGCCAUAUCUUUUUUGCGGAAAUUAUAAAGAAAAUUACUUGGUGUGAAAGACGAAAGGAUUUCAGGUCCGCUCCGACAUCCAGCUAAAAUAAUCAGAUAAUCCCCGGACUCCCAGAUUGAGGGGGGCAGACCGAGACCGGCGGGACAUAUUCUGCUUACUUUUACUGCGCAAAACAAAGUAGCCUACUGAAGAAUCUUAUUAUACGUAUUUGUAUUGUGGAGCAGACGGAUCGCAUGCAUAAAGCGCUCAGACAUCCAGGGCAUUAUUCAAAGCCUGUCUUUCUGUGGACUUGUCAGUGAGGCAUCAAAGCGAAGGGGGCUAUACAAGGAUUCAACGUUUGGGAUUCAUUGACCUGAAAACUGCUAUCCGAAUUUAUCCUAAUCUCAUCCAGUGCUUUCUCACGACUUUUCGGACUGUAGCAUCAGAUUGAGAGCGCAUCUGUUCACAAUUACACGAGCUCUGGCUGUACCUGGCUGCCUACUAAACUCUUCUCUGCACAUACUCGCGUUUAUCACGGAUCAACUGCAGACGUCGCGUUAAGUGCAGUUUUAUUCACGAUUCGACUUUCUGUGCCGUUGUGAAGGGCUGGACUAAAGUGGAUAGUGUCGAAGUUGCAUGAAUCACAGAGUCGCCCCGUGAUCAGAUCGCGAUCAGUUCGGAUAUUUGUCACAAGGCGAAAAGUGCGAUGACGAUGUUGGCGACUUUUUGGAUACUCCUGCUGGUUGCUUGGAACGCUCCAGCGGGGAAUGGGCAGGCAGUGCAGACGGACCCCAGCAAAUCUGGAUUCGUGGGUGAUACGGUCGAGCUGCGCUGUGUCUUCAUCAACAGUAAACCACCAGUGAAGAUCUCUCAGGUCACCUGGCAAAAGCUGAUAAAUGGCACCAAGCAAAACGUGGCCACCGCUAACCCGGCUUUAGGAGUAUCAGUUCUGCCCCCUUUUAAGGACCGCGUGAGCUUCAAGCAUCCCGCGGUGCGCCAAAGAACCCCUUCUUCUCUUGAAGACACCACCAUUGUGUUCAGCAGCCUGCGGCUCUCGGAUGAGGCGGCCUACAUCUGCGAGUACACCACCUUUCCAGCAGGCAACAGGGAGAACAUGGUCAACCUGACUGUCUUUGCGCAACCAGUGACCAAGAUGAUGUUGACUUCACACACCAUCGUCGCACGGACGGCAAAGAAUAAGAUGGCCGUGGCCACCUGCACGUCAGCUAACGGCAAGCCUCCCAGCGUCAUCAAAUGGGAAACCAAUCUAAAGGGCGAGGCCUCAUUCCAGGAAACACGCAAUCCCAACGGCACAGUGACCGUACGCAGUAACUACUUGGUGGUGCCCAGCCGUGAGAGCCACAAACAGAAACUCACCUGCAUCGUCACCUACCGCGCAGAACGCUAUACAGAGAGCGUCAUACUCAACGUCCAGUAUGAACCAGAGGUGAAGAUUGAGGGUUUUGAUGGCAACUGGUACCUGAAUCGUCAAAAUGUGCAGCUGACCUGCAACGCAGACGCCAACCCGGCCGUCACCGUCUACCAGUGGAAACUGCUCAAUGGAUCUCUUCCCAACAAUGUUGAAAUCAAGAACAACACCCUGUUCUUCAAAGGCCCAGUGACUAAUGAGCUUACAGGGACGUACAUCUGCGACGCCACCAACAGCAUCGGCACACGCUCGGGGCUGGUAGAGGUCAACGUGACAGAUUUCCCUAUCUUACCAACUACUAUGAACCCUAAGACCUCACUGGAACAGCACGGUUCUGGAGCGGCCAUCGGCGGGGCGGUGGGUGGCGUGGCACUGCUGAUCGCCGCCAUCGCUCUUCUGGUCUUCUUCCUGAGGCGUCGCCAGCGCACCUUCAAGGGCGAUUACAGCACCAAAAAGCACGUGUUUGGCAAUGGCUACAGCAAGGCGGGAGGAGUACCAACACAUCCACCAGUGCCUAAGAACCUGCAGUACCCCGACGAUUCGGACGAUGAAAAGAAGCCCGCCCAGAUUACCGGGCCUGGCAGUUUCGAAGGCGGCGAUCGGGAUUUCGAUGGCAAUUCCGAGGAUUUGAAGAGACCCUAUUUCACCGUAGACGAAGGCGAAAGUCGCGAUUACGACGAACGGACUCUAGCUUUCCAGUACGACCCCGAACCCGAGAUCACCGACGACAUGGUGUCCCAAACCGACGGCUCUGUUAUUUCAAAGAAAGAGUGGUACGUGUAAAGCGGCAUGCAACGGAAUGGAAACAAAAAAGAGCAACAACCUUUUGCCCUAUCCUGCAUCCAAUACCACCCAGCCACCUCCAUCACUAGAACCCUUCAUGUGUUUAUCCCUACCUGCACCUCACCCCAGCCCCUUACCCGGUAACCUUAUCAGAGCCCAUCAAAAUAAACAGCUGUAGAAAAACAGCUCGCAACAUCAUUACAUAUCCACAUGCUUUGAAAAAAAACUGCAAGAGGUAUUCUCACGGACUGAGACCAGUCAACAUCCGCUAAGGCUGGACAGGCAGGUUGCUUGAAAAUAUCACAUUGUAUUAUCAUUUUUUGCCUCAUUUUGUUGUCAUAAAUGUAUUAAAUGUGUAAAGAGAGACUGUAACUGUUUUGGGAAGGGGUAUUUUGCUGGUCAUAUUGUGAAAGUCCUACACUGGAUGUACGAUUAUUUUUUUAUAUCAUAUUGAUUUUACUUUAAUGGACUUUUUUGUUUGUCUGUUUUGUAUAAUCUUGCUUUUUAUAUGGAGUGUUGGUUACCAAAAAAAGGGGGAACUUAAUAUUAGAAAUUGCAGAUAGAUGUAUGAGGUCAGAGGUUAAAUUAGCUAAUCUUAUUUUAUGGAAACAAUUCUGCCAUGCAACAGUAAUAAUUCAAAGACCCAGAGUUAUGGUGUCCAAAUGUGGCAUUUCAAUACAAUGGGAAAGAAAGGGUUCUGACUUCUUUUCAAAACAAGUAUUUAUUUUAAGACACAUCUACGAGGGCUCUGCAUCUCAAAGCGCCCAUAUGCAGCAUUAGUCAUAAAGCGCAUAGCUGGCAAAAAUGGGGCAUAGACAGAUAAUGCAACCCUCACCCGCCUCCAAUGCUGUACACUGAUAAGAGUGUGGGGUUGAUGUGUUUGAAAAAAAAAUCCUACAGCUCUUCAGUCUUAGCGUUCAUCAUGUACAGUCUUUCCAUAGCAACGCUAUACCCGGAUCCAGACAUAAAAGGCCAAUCCUGUAUAAUAUGGUGUUGUUUUAAAGACAGAACCUGUUUGUUAUUUAGAUUUGGUGAUGUGGUCGAUUAUGAGCUACAAAUGUUUCAAUGCUAAUGUUUAGUUUCACAGGAUGUUGUUUUUACAAGCACCAUUUAGGGCCUUUGCGAUGGACGCUGGAGAACGUAGCAUUAAAGGCAAGGGUCAUGGGAAUGUGCAAAGUCUGGAGCCAAAGGUAAACUUGGCAGCGAUCGGCUCCCGUUGGCCGAAAAACACAUGCACCGCAGACGAGCAUGAAACCACCUGCUGGAUAUUCGAAAGCACAGUGCUGCUAGUCUGCAGUCAGGAAUGCUUUCCAAACGCUGUACCUGAUCCUCUAAAAGGAGCAGAUUUGUUGGCUACAUAUUAAUCAAUAUUAAACGGCAUCAAAACUGUUCGAGAAAUGGCGCAAAAGGACCGCAAGUUGGAAUUCAUCUAGUCACAUGGACAUCAGUUGGCUCCAAACCGUACGAACAUCCAAGCCUUAUUUUAAUGCAUGUUUGUCUGUUUCCCUUUCGUUUGAUUGGUUGGUUGGUUUAGCCAGAGACUUGAUGUUUCUCAAGAGGUCCGCCAGGGUAUUGGAGUUUUGUGUUUGUGAAAGGGUGGGCAGUAUUCACCGAAACGAUUUCAUUUCCAGAGACAAAUAAGCUCACCGACUGCAUCCAUAACGCCCUCCAGACUCCAAAAAGAAUGCAUUAGUGGAAUUUAUCAUGAAAUAUUUAAUUCCCUUGCCUGCCUUAAACAGGGCUCUGGAUAAGAAAUAGAGAUUAGGAUGCUGAAUCGCUGUAAUCACACAGACAAUCCAGGAGGACCCAAGGAAACCUUAGAUGAAAGCCACUUAUACGAGCCGGUCCAGACAGAAUCUGAAAUGCACUGAAGCAAAAAUACGCAGAAUGGAUUUGAACAUGUGAGUGUGUCACUGUACACUCCUUAAAGGAACAGUAUGUAAGAAAUUUAUAGCAAUUAAUCAUAAAAUGGCCCUGAUAUGUCACUAGACAUUAAGAAAUCAUUUUCAUUUCAAAUACUUAUAUCACUGACAACAGUGGUCUGGCCAGGAUAUUGUCAUUUAAAAAGUGGAGUUGCAGCCCUCAACUGAUGUUUAUGUUGUCAUUUUGUGUAUUGGCCACCAGUUGUGUGAUUGCAGUACCGGUUUUAGCCACAAGUUUUGUGAUUGCAAUACCCGUUUUGGCCACAAUCCUACAUACUGUUCCUUUAAAUGAUCAUCAAAUUAGCAUAUUUGAAUACCUGAAUAGUCCAGGUAUAGGACAUGUGUACUUCAAAUUCAUGAUAGUCUCAAAAUCUAUAUAGUCUCAAUUCAUUAAAUUAAAACCUCAAUGCUAGACCUCAUGCUCACACAUUUUCCCUAAAACAAUCCACAUGAUGAAAAACUGUACAUUUGUCGCUUAGUUUAAUGAUUAUAUUUUAGCUUAAUUCAAGUGAAUGUGCAGCGUUAUUCAAAUUGCAGUGCCUAUGAUGUGAGAUGUAAGGUUUUACUUUUUUAUGUCCGAAACUUGUACAUAUAGUUUGAUUUUUAGGUUUUUUUUAUCGUGUCCUGUCUGCAGUGUUACUGUACAUCGUUUUAGGACAGUAGCAUGACAAUAUCAUAAACAUAUCACGAGUCUGAAAUCUCAUCGCCUGGACUUCAAGUAUUACGGAAGCUGCAGGAUUUUUUAAACUUUUAUGAAUUUGCGCGUUUCUUUGCUUCGAUAAAUUAAAAGCGGGCCAUCGCUGGCAUUUAAAAAUAAAAGACAUUUCUGCAAGAUCAGUCGCGAUUGAACGGACUGGCAUUGCUUUAGCUAAAGCACAAGCUUUUUUCGAAUCGGUUUAUUAACAGUUUUGUUAUUUCUGCUUCUGUCUCAUGAACAGACUGUUUUGACCCCUGUGCACCCGGGGGUUUGUUUAUUGAGGGUCCUUUUUAUUUUUGUCAAGCUAAGCACAAGUAACUUAUCCACCAAAAGGCUGUAAUGACUUGUAAGAAGACUCGAACGAUUAUAAUUAAUUUUCAAGAACCAUAUCGGCCGUUUGUUUGUUUGUCUGGUGGCGCAGUUGAUGUUAAGGCUUUUCCGCACAAACGCAUGGGCGUACAUUAUUUCUUUUUUUUAUAUAGCUGUAAAGUAUUGAUUUUUGUAUUCCUUUUUGAUAUUUUCAUCAGGUUGGAGUCUCGGUUUUCUCAUUCCACUGUGUCUUGUCUUUCUAACUGCCCACUUCAAAGCCUGACAUUCCACUGUAAAUAAUGUAAUGUAAGUUGGAGAUUAUAGCUGGGUUUACUGUACUGUAUGUAGAGGGAAGAGAAGCAGCGUGGAGUCUGCAAAAUAAUUUAGACAGCUCAGUUGGUUGGAGAUAUAUAGCUUAUUGCCAUAAAUCUACUUUAACAUUGACUUUGGUAGAUACGUUUUGAUAUGUCAAUGGCUUCUGUAUAGAGGCGGGGGGCCGAUGCGUUACGAUGACUUUGUACAUAACUGCAACAAAACAAACGAAAAAAGCAUAAAACAAACAAAAAGAAAGAUCUUGUCUUCAUGCAGCCGUGUGAAUGUAUGUCUGCUGAGGUCGGUAAUGAUAUGAAAAAUAUAUAUAUUGUUCACAUGUGUUGACCCAGUGAAGUAAACUGUAUUUGCUUUAAAACAUUAAAAUGAUUUCAAUGUUCAAA